GCAUCCCAAGAAGAAUUCAGGAAUAAGUCAGUGUACAGCCAAGCUAGAAAUUCAGGACAUCAUGUGAAUUGCUAAGGGCUACAGCAGUGGAAGUCUCCCGGUAAUCGCUGGAAAGCAGUUCAACCCGUUACCAGGAAUUUACACCAGGUGCAAGAGCUUCAGGGAUAUAUGAACUGUUUUUGAUAAGGGUCUGUUAACCUUUAAGGAUGUGGCUGUGGACUUCUCACUGGAGGAAUGGGAAUGUCUCGAUUUUGCUCAGAGGGCAUUGUACAUGGAUGUGAUGUUGGAGAAUUACAAGAAUCUAUUGUUUGUGGAAAAUCACCCCAUAUGUGAACAAUAUAAGAAGGUCUUGGAUCAAGACACACUGUACAUUGUUCAUGAGCAUGUGAAUAUCCAAGAAAAGUCUUCUAAAUGCAAUGAACUGAGCAAUAUGGUUCAUGAAUCUACCCAAAGUACAUCUCAUAAAACCAACCACAGGGAUGCAUCUCUUCAAUUCUCAUACCUAAAAACACCUAAAACUGGGAACACCAAAGAUGUUUCCAAGUAUAAAGAAUGUGCAAACAGUUUAAAACUUUGUUCAAUCAUUAGUCUCAAUCAAGGAAUCCACAUAGGAAAGAAAGAACCCAAUAGAAGUACAGAAUUUCCUAAGUUUUUUCUCUCUAAACAUAAACCAUUGGUGAAACAAAACAAUAGUGGAGUGAAUCCUUACAAAUGUAGUGAACUUGACAAAUGCUUUACCCAGAGAGACAGUCUUCAAAAUCAACAAAGCAUAUAUUCGAGAAAGAAACGUCACAAAUGUAGUGAAUGUGACAAAUGCUUUACUAAAAUAUUCCAUCUAAGACGGCAUCAGAUUAUUCAUAAUGGAAAGCAACCAUACAAAUGCUGUGAAUGUGACAAAUGCUUUGCCCGAAAAUCCUAUCUUAGUAUUCAUCAGCGAAUUCAUACAGGAGAGACACCUUACAAAUGUAGUAGAUGUGACAAAUGCUUUACUUAUAAAGGCAGUCUGAGAAUUCAUCAGAGACUUCAUACAGGAGAGAAACCUUACAAAUGUAGAGAAUGUGACAAAUGCUUUACUCAACAAAGCCAUCUAAGACAGCAUCAGAUUAUUCAUAAAGGAAAGAAACCUUACAAAUGCUGUGAAUGUGACAAAUGCUUUGCCCGAAAAUCCUAUCUUAGUAUUCAUCAGCGAAUUCAUACUGGAGAGAAACCUUAUAAGUGUAGUGAGUGUGAAAAAUGCUUUACGGAAAAAGUCCAUCUGAAAAGUCAUCAGAGAAUUCAUACAGGAGAGAAACCUUACAAAUGUAGUGAGUGUGACAAAUGCUUUAGUCAAAAAAGCUAUCUAAGACGGCAUCAGAUUAUUCAUGAAGGAAAGAAACCUUACAAAUGCUGUGAAUGUGACAAAUGCUUUGUCCAAAAAUACAAUCUUAGUAUUCAUCAGCGAAUUCAUACUGGAGAGAAACCUUACAAAUGUAGAGAGUGUGACAAAUGCUUUAAUUACAGUGGACAUCUGAAAAUUCAUCAGAGACUUCAUACAGGAGAGAAACCUUACAAAUGUAAUGAAUGUGACAAAUGCUUUACUGAACAAAGCUAUCUAAGACAGCAUCAGAUUAUCCAUAAAGGAAAGAAACCUUUCAAAUGUAGUGAAUGUGCCAAAUGCUUUACCAGACAAUUUUAUCUUAGUAUUCAUCAGAGAAUUCAUACAGGAGAGAAACCUUACAGAUGUGGUAAAUGUGACAAAUGUUUUACUCACAAAGGCAGUCUGACAGUUCAUAUGAGAAUUCAUACUGGACAGAAACCUUACAAAUGUAGUGAGUGUGAAAAAUGCUUUACUGCAAAAGGCAGUCUGAGAGUUCAUAUGAGAAUUCAUACUGGAGAGAAACCUUAUAAGUGUAGUGAGUGUGACAAAUGCUUUACUGAAAACAGAAAACUGAGAAUUCAUCAGAGAAUUCACUCAGGAGAGUAACCUUUCAAAUAUAGUGAUUGUGGGAAAUCCUUUACAUACCAAAGCUGUUGGAGAAUCCAUACAGGAAACUUACAAAUGCCAUGAAUGUGACAAAUAAUUUACCCAUAUAGUUAAUGUGGGAAGGCAUCAGAGAAUUCAUACAUGAGAUAAACCUUACAAAUAUUGUGUAUGUGACAAAUGUAUUACCCACAAUUUCAGUCUGAAAUUAUCAGAGAUAUCAUACAGUAUGGAAACUUUACGAAUGAAGUAAAUGAGACAACCCUCUACCAAGAAAUAUCAUCUUAAAACUUAUUAGAGAAUACUUAAAGGAGGGAAAACUUUCAAUUGUAUUUAAAGUGUAAAUCCUUUACUUUUGGCAUAUCUGUUAGAAUGUAACAGAGAAUUCAUACAGGUGAGAAUAUUAACAUGUAAUGCAUGAGGAAAUGGACUUCAUUUCUGGUCAGAGGAAACAUCUAAAAUUUUUUAGUGGGGAAAGUUUUUCUGUUGGGAAAAAUGUGGCUUACGUUUUAUCCAUUGUAUAUUUUUUGCAAUUUUUGGGUCUCCACACUAGAGAAUUAGUACAGUUAUGAAAAACUUGUGAAAUACUUCAUGCUUUGUUCAAAUCUUAGAUAAUGUCAACUAUUUAUGUGUGGUGAAACUCUGAAAAUGUGACAAUGUAGGAUAGUUUUCAUUAAGCUUUUUCUUGAUACCCUCAAAUAUUACAAGAUAAAGGCGAGUGUGGAAUCCAGAAGAAUAUCAUGUUGUAAAAGACUUUCAUGGAUAGAGCAAUAAUGCAUUCCAAAGGGAAAAUAAGCAAUGUGUGUUCGAUAGCCCUCAAAAUAUGUAAUAAAGCGGGCAGCAUUCUGUUUAUUUUAUUCAAAUGAACAAACUCAAACACUCUUUAAAGACAAGUUGUACUUUAAAGAGUGCUUUACCAAGUGAACAACAGAGACUAUAUGUUCUUUAUCCUAUAUUAUACCUACAGAUGUGAAGUGCAUUUUCAGUAUCCAGUAUUCAUGAUUCUUCUCAAAUGCUGGUUUUAUGUUUCAGGAUAAAUACUGACUAUAAAUCUUUUGAGCUCAACAAUUUCAUUUUUCCUGUAAAUAAAUCUGAAUGAUUC